AUUGACAUAAGUGGGUCAUUACCAGAACCGGUCGGUGAAAUACCGGUUUUGACUAUUAACGAACUCUGAGAAGAAUAUGGCUUUUAUAUAUGUUUUUUUAGUUUUGGUAGCCUCUUAGAUCCGUUUUUUUCUCAUUCAAACAAUGGCUUCUUCUCGCUGUGAGCUACUUGUGAUCUGUGUCUUGUCUCUCUUCUUUGUUCUUGCUCACUCCAAGACGUUGAAACGUGAUGUGAAAGCUUUGAAUGAAAUAAAAGCCUCUUUGGGAUGGAGAGUGGUGUAUUCAUGGGUUGGUGAUGAUCCUUGUGGAGAUGGAGGCCUUCCUCCUUGGUCUGGUGUCACCUGUUCUACACAAGGAGACUAUAGGGUUGUUACAGAACUAGAAGUUUAUGCGGUUUCUAUUGUUGGACCGUUCCCUAUUGCAGUAACAAACCUUUUGGAUUUGACAAGACUGGAUCUACAUAACAACAAGCUGACUGGUCCAAUCCCUCCACUGAUUGGGAGAUUAAAACGGCUCAAAGUACUGAACCUGAGGUGGAAUAAACUACAAGAUGUGAUUCCCCCUGAGAUUGGGGAGCUGAAGAGGCUAACACAUUUGUACUUGAGCUUCAAUAGUUUUAAAGGAGAGAUUCCAAAAGAGUUAGCAGCACUUCCGGAGCUUCGGUAUCUAUACCUUCAAGAAAAUCGUCUCAUUGGUAGAAUACCUGCCGAGCUAGGGACACUUCAAAACCUACGCCACCUAGAUGUUGGUAACAAUCAUUUAGUGGGAACUAUAAGGGAACUCAUUCGUUUUGAUGGUAGCUUCCCUUCUCUUCGCAACUUGUACUUGAAUAAUAACUAUUUGAGUGGAGGAAUGCCUGCUCAGCUAUCUAACCUUACGAGCUUAGAGAUUGUGUACUUGUCUUACAACAAGUUAAUCGGAAACAUUCCUUUUGCCAUUGCUCAUAUUCCUAAGUUGACAUUCUUGUAUCUUGAUCACAACCAAUUUAGUGGGAGAAUCCCAGAUGCAUUCUACAAGCAUCCAUUCCUCAAAGAAAUGUACAUUGAAGGCAACAUGUUCAAACAAGGUGCUAACCCAAUUGGCACCCACAUAGUUCUAGAAGUUUCUGAUUCCGAUUUUGUCGUGUGA